CCGAAAAGCAUGUCAGAAACAAAAGAACAACAUUCCACGAUAUAUAUAAAUAAUUUGAAUGAUAAGGUGAAGAUCGAUAGACUAAAGGAGACGCUUUAUAAGAAAUUCCGCAAGUAUGGAAACAUAAUACAACUCAGUGCCCAUAAGAAUCUUAAGAUGAAAGGGCAGUGUUUUAUAACGUAUGAUAACGCCAAAUCAGCAGAAGAAGCAAUCAAGGGAUUGGCUGGAGAGAAAUUGUAUAAGAAGGAGCUUCAAAUAACGCAUUCUAAGGAACCACUGGAUGAAUACUACAUAAAAGUUCUAGAAGAUGGCGAUAAAGUUGAGCAGCGGAAAGAAUUAAAGAGACAAAGAAAUAAAGAAGAAGAGAAAGAGAAUAAAGGGAAAGAAAAGAGAACUGACCAACAGCCUAAUAAGAGAGCUGGUAAUGCUAACUAUUGGCAAUCAUUACCACCAAAUCACACUUUGUUAAUACAAAAUUUGAAGGAAGGAGUGCUAAAGGAAGACUUAGAAGAUUUAUUUGAAGAGUAUGAUGGAUUUAAUAAUCUUAGAUUUGUUAAAGUGAGAAAUUUAGCGUUCAUCGAUUUUGAUAAUGAGAUACUAUCGAAAACCUGUCUUGAGUCUAUAAGCCUAGAAGAGUUAAAGCAAAAAUUUGGCAAUGAGCUUAUACUAAGCUUUGCAAAAAAAUAA